CUACCGCUCACUUGUCAAACUGUCAUUCACUUCGUGCAACCGCUAGCGAAAUGUCUGAAUUUGCCGGUGAUAAUUCAAAACCACGAGUUCUUGUGUUAGGAGGCUGCGGCUUCAUCGGUCGGAAUCUGGUGGAUUAUUUGAUAUCGAAUGAUUUGGUGAGCGGUCUGCGCGCUGUGGACAAGACGCCGCCUCAGCUGGCGUUUUUAAAUCCGUCUCAUACGAAAAUUUUUGAGGACCCCCGCGUCGAAUACAAAAGUGCCAACUUAAUUAACCCAACAUCAUGCGCCGCAGCGUUAGACCCCGGCGAUGCUCCCUGGGCCAUAGUCUUCAACUGUGCAGGAGAAACCCGCAUGGGCCAAACCGAGGCGGUCUACGCCGAGGGCAUAUGCACGCUCAGCAGCAACGUGGCCAAGCAGUGCGACCAGCUGGGCGUCAGGCUGGUCGAGAUAUCCAGUGGCACCAUGUGUAGCACUGAGAAGCCGCACAAAGAAGACGGUCCGGUGGACCCUUGGACGACGGAAGGCCGCAUGAAGAACAGGGUGGAACAAGAGUUAAAGAGCAUGGAUACGCUCAACUAUACCAUCAUUCGGCCUGCUAUAGUAUAUGGAAUUGGAGACAGGAGGAGUUUGACCCCUCGCCUCCUCCUAGGUGCCAUCUACAAACACCUAAACGAAACCAUGAAACUCCUCUGGACAGCCGAUCUCAAGAUGAACACCGUUCAUGUAUCCGACGUCUGCCGAGCCAUGUGGGCUUUAGGCAAUAAACCAGAGGCGAAUAAGCAAGUGUAUAAUAUCGUGGAUGAGGCUAAUAGUACGCAGGGAAGCUUGGCGGAGCUGGUGUCGGAUAUAUUCAAGAUUAAUCAUGAUUAUUAUGGGACUGCUAUCUCAACUUUAGCUAAGAGCGACAUAGCCUCCGUAGCCGAACAAGCGAACGACAAGCACCUCAGCGCGUGGGCCGACAUCUGUCGCCAGCACUGUCUCGCUCACACACCUCUAGAGCCCGGUGCUGGGGCCGAACUGCUGUUGAACAAGCAUUUGUGCUUAGAUGGGAGCAAAUACAGGGCUAUGCAGGCGCCAGAGGUCCCUAAGCCUACUGCUGAGAAGUUAUCUCAGGUGCUAGAAGACUACGCUUCCAUGAAUCUCUUCCCGAAGGAACUUCUGCUAUGACCGCACUGACUUCAUAAACACGAA